AUGAGGUCGUUUAGCAAAUACUUCUCUGAUGCAUUCGCUUCUGCACCUGAUAUUGAACCGCAUAAAUUUCUUCAAAUUCAUGGUACGGAUGUAAAAUGUUGUUCAAGUAAUAUAACAGUAGAACUGAAGCUAAGUGCUCAUCUACCAUUCGAUAUACUACCGGCUCUUCUCUUCUCAAUUCGUUCCUUAUACUCAUCAUGCAACGAUUCGCGUUAUUUGUUGUAUUUAGUAAUUGAUGCACGAGAAGGCACACUCGACGCGUUCCAUGCGUGCACACGAGCGUUGCAUAACUUUGCGUCUCGUCUUGAUGGCACAAUCGAGCGCAUUUUAUGGGUUGGUGUUCCGUACACAAUCAAUUUGGACGCCAUUAUCGCUAAUGAUCUCACUGUUUCUCGAAUCCAAAACACUUUCUGCGAUUUGCGCAACCUUCCUGAACAUGUAGAUCUUACAUUUUUGUCGACCAGUUUGGGUGGAUUGGUUGAGCCCGAAGUAUCUGAGCAAUUCUUCCGUAUGCGUUCGUGCUUGGAAGAUUUACUGCGGAGAACGCAUCGUAUGGCAAAAUUGUACAUGAACUUACACGAAGAUUUAAAAAAAUUCGACGUGCCCAAGAAUAUCACCGAAUUGACUAUUGAUGCGGUUACAGAUCGCAUGGAGGAAGGAGCUGUGAAGAGGGCAACAACCGCAUUCGACGAGCUGAGUGCGGUGAUGAGAAAAUGCGAAUCAACAAUCAAUCGACGACUUGGAUCUUUCCAAUCGACCAUUGAAAUGAUCAGUUUUAUUGAAGAUCUUUCGAAGGAGUUAUCAGGAUUAGAAUCAAGACUCGCUGGAGUGGAGAAGUUGAAAAAUUUGAGAACCUUCAACAUAAAUCGACUUUCAGCUCAGGUUAAGAAGGCAGAAGAAUUGUCAACGUGUGAGAACAGUAAAAUGAACUUGAUUAUGGAUCGUUUAUCAGAGAUGAAUCGUUUGCUUGAAGAAUGUUGUUGGUUGAAUGAAACAGAUCGUCGAGUUGUUGAAAGAAUUGCUUCGGAUGUUCGUGAUAAGAUUAGUUCUGCUCGAAGUAGGGUUCUCCUUACUGUUGAUGUGCUCAAAAAGGCACUUGAAGCCAGGAACCUUAUUGAUCAGUUGUACGAUUGGGCAUUAUUGCAUGCCAAAAAACAGUGCGAUGAAUCAGCAAAACAAAUUCUUAUUGAACAGUUCCCAUCAGAUGCGGUAUCUCAUCUACGUCAAUACAUUGAUCUAUGCUCUGAUCCACCGAUUCGUCAAGAGAUUGAAACAUUGGUUCACGAUUGUGAGAAUGCUAUGUGUGAUUUAACAAGUUCCGAACCAAAAACAGACAUGAGUGAGUGUGAAGGAACUAAACGCUGUGCUGAUGAAUUGCAAAUAAGCGAGAGCAAAGAUUCACAAGUAAGCUUGAUAGCUGCAACAUCAGAGGUAACGUUGGUCGCCGAAACAACAGAUGCACCAGAAAAUACGCCAACAUUCGACCUAGAUAACGUUUCUGAAAAGUCGACAUUGGAAAACAUACCGCAGCAAUGUGAUAAUUGCGUAUCGAAUUACAACAAUGUAGUGCAAUCGAAUGAACAAAUCUCGCAAAAAUCUGACAAUGUGAAACGAGCGGAAGUUGCUGAAUCAGAGCCCGUCAAUGAAAUGGCCAAUUCCGAUUCUUGUCUAGGAGCAGAAAUGGAUUCAUCUGUACCGGGCUCAUCACUCGCCAAAAGUCGUUCCGAUUUGUCCGACUCAAUCUCGGAUACACCAAUGGAAAUUUUCUCGGAUGUUGAAGAAUCUUUGAUGGCUAGUUGUUCUCGAAUGCUUAGUAUGAAUAUGACUCCUCCGUCAAGACAUCAUUCCGUAAGUCCUGCACCUACUCAAUAUGAGAUUCCUAUCUCGAAGGCAUCUGUCUCAUCAAUGGAACCACUUAAGAUUGAAAAAGAUGAGGAUGAAGUGAUUCGUUGGCGUCGUAAUUCUUGGUGUUCAACAAUUGCUGCUGAUGACAGCCCUCAGUUUGAAGAACAUGCGAUUGGUGCUGCUCCCGUAACGUUGAAUCUCACCGAUAAAGUAUUUAUAUUCUCGUUCUCUUUGGUUAUCACGACGAUGUCAUCAAGUACAUUGAGUAAGCGGCUUGAUCAACGGCGUUCUGUGAGCAGUGUGCCGUUACGUCUUCCAAAUCCGUUCCUCAUCAAUGGAUCUGCAAGACCAGGUUCAGCGCGCUUCGUUACCGCUAAAUCUAGGCCCGUCUUAUCCAGAAAUUCAACUAUUGAUCUGUUUGAUCAGGAAUCGCUCUCUAACGCCUUCCAAUUUCUCGAUGAUGAUUAUUCGGUGUCUGGAGAACCCGUCAGUAAUGCGCCAUCUGCUGGUGAAUUUUAUAACCGUUUGAGAAAUGAGUUCCAUUCUGAGGUCUCGUUAUCAACACUCGAUUUCUCGAUGCGUUCUGAACAGAUCGAAGUGAUCCGGGAUUGGCUCAAUCCUGCAAAGACGAGUGAUCCAAACAAUCGUAUCGAAUGCACCGUUGUUAGAGAUCUGCUUGACACCGAAAUUGAUUACGUCAGUACUCUUAGGCUGAUCGUUCAGGAUUUUGUACCUGAGCUUGCUCGUGUUGAUAUUCCGUCUGCAUUAAGAGGCAAGAAAUUUCGUUUGUUUGGCAACAUUGAACGUUUAUUCCAAUUCCAUGCACACUCUUUCUUACCACAUCUUAUUUCCCGGCUUAGGUUUCGUACAGCUGAAGAAUCGCUUUCAUUGACUAUUGGACGAUUGUUCAUCGAUCACGCAACUCAUUUUAACUUAUAUUCAUUGUACGCUAAAAAUAAGCCGAAAUCUGAUGAACUGAUGCGUGAGUGUGGCAGUGACUUUUUUCAUUCGAUACAGAACGUAUCGGAUUUAUCACCGUUGCUCGUACGACCAAUCGAACGAAUUGGCAAGUAUACUCUUGCUCUUCAACAACUUCUUAAUGCUGCACCACCCAAUAAAUUGGAAGUUUUACAAAUUCUUGAAAAGGCCGUAAAUGUGGUGAGUCGUCAAAUUCGUCAUGGAAGCGAUUUAUUGGCAAUGGAGCAUAUCACUGGGUGCGAUCUGAAUCUUCGUGAACAGGGUGCACUGAUUCGCAAUGACACGAUGCUGGUCACCGAAAAGAAAGGACUUCAUUCCAGGAAACGACUACGCAGUGUUUUUUUGUUCGAAAAUUGUGUAGUUUUAACAAAACCUAAAUUAUGCAAGUCAUCAAAACGAAGCGGAAUAUACAAUGAGCUCAGAUACAAAGGAAGUAUCCAGAUGACUGAUUGUGGUCUCACUGAAAUGGUCAAAGAUUCGAAAGUCAAGUUUGAAUUGUGGUUUCGAAAGCAAACCAAUUCAUUCACAUAUAUUUUGGAGGCUCAAUCGCCGAGUGUACGUGAUGCAUGGGUAUCUGAUAUUCGUGGUAUUCUUUGGAAGCAAGCAAUACGAAGUCGAGAGGAAAGUCUGAGAGAGAAGGCAAACAUGGGAAUGGAAGCAUGCGUAAACUAUAUUCAUCUCGGCAUCAAUUCUCCAAUGGGAUUAGGGAUGUUACGUGAAAAGUCAACAUUAGAUGUCGCAAGACGUCCGCGUUCUUUGAUCUCUCUUACUGCAUCGUCUUGCUCGAGCUCAAACAACACUCGUAUUCCUAACAUCAGUUCAGCCGGAUGUGAGAUGAGUGACUUGUGUCGCGUUGAGGAGAGUGAUGAGACUGACGCAUUGGUUGAUGAUACGAUCAAUCGACAGAAUGCAACUUGUUCAUUGCCACGAUUUCGGGCACCUCCACCACCCGACACUAACUGUUCAGCACCUCUUUGA